AUGAGCGAUAUCCUGAACGUUACACGUAAAAUCAGUUUUGAUAAUAGUAUAUCAAAAAUCGAAUACCAUAGCUACUCUCCAUUCUUAUCAUCAUACAACUCCAGUGAUGAAAUCCGAAUACCCAUACAACAACAGGAUUUGUGUAUUUUGCCGAGUCAGAGUUUCAUUUACAUUGCAGGCGCCUUAACUAAAACAGAUGGAACAAUAUCAGCACUAGCUAAAUUGACGAAUAAUAGCGUAGCUUUCCUAUUUGAUGAGAUAAGAUAUGAACUGAAUGGAGUAGAAAUCGAUCGAAACAAAAAUGUGGGAAUAACAUCGACCUUAAAAAAUUAUGUAUCACUUAAUGAAAACGAAAGUAAAAUGCUUUAUAAUGCCGCUUGGUCACCGAACGAAUCUAUCACACCGUCAAGUGGUUACUUCAACUUUUCUAUUCCGCUAAGAAAACUUUUGGGAUUUGCCGAGGACUACAAGAAAAUUAUUGUAAACGCUAAACACGAGCUAAUUUUGGUUCGCACAAGAAGCGAUGAAAAUGCAUUUAUUUCAUCCACUGAUAAUGUACACAUCAAAAUUUUUAAACUACAGUGGAAGGUGCCCCAUGUUAAUCCCGAUGGCGCUGAAAAAUUGUCAAUGUUGAAAUAUAUUGAAUCGGGACAUCCGAUUCAAAUAAGCUUUCGAAAUUGGGAACUGUACGAAUAUCCGGUUCUACCCACAACAACAGAUCAUGUGUGGAAUGUGAAAACCACAGGUCAACUCGAAAAACCUCGAUAUGUUAUUUUAGCUUUACAGACAAAUCGAAAAAAUCUCAAAGACAAAGAUGCCAGCAAAUUUGAUCACUGUGAUUUAACAAAUAUCAAAAUACAUUUAAACUCCGAAUCGUAUCCUUAUGACGAUAUGAAUAUUAAAUUUUCCCGUGAUCGAUUCGCUCUUCUCUAUGAUAUGUACUGCAAUUUUCAACAAUCUUAUUACGGUGUACAACCUCAGCCACUACUUUCACGAAGCGAAUAUAAGGAAUCUGCACCAAUUAUAGUAAUUGAUUGUUCACGUCAAAAUGAAUCCAUGAAAUCUGGCAGUUUUUCAACACUAUCAAGAGAGCUGCAAUCUCAGGGACACUGGGUAUACGAAAAUCAUCAUGGAUUGAAAUGGGAAGGUGGACUAACAACAUUUUGGGAAGUGAAAGAAUAUUUACUUCUAAACAUGAAAAAUACAACCAUCUACGUCAAAGGAACAGAGAAGAAAAAAUGGCUGGAUGAUUUGCUGGGAAAUAUUGCACUAGUAUUCAAUGUGGAGGAUCACAGCUGUCCGAAUCUAAAAUCACUGAAACAAAAUUAUCCCGACAUGUUACGCUGUAAUGCCCACAGCGGAUGUUGCGCGCUACAAAACGCAUUCCUUCUGAAAAAAUUUAUAACUCAAAAUAAUAAUCAAAUGUAA